GAUUCGACGUAACGCUUCAUCAUUUCAUCCAUCUGCGUGGGUUGAACAUUGAUGCUCGAUUUCUCUGAUGCUGGUGACCAGGCGGUGGGAGAGGCUCGCGACCCGCACAUUGUUCCUCGCCCUUGCGCUGUUGCUGCAUUCUAGGAUGUUGCGACAAGUGUUGCACGAGGGGCUCAGGACGUCAUUCCACAAACUGGGCCACUUUGUAGCCAAUCACCCGGUGUUUUUCGCCUCCGCACCCGUGUUGAUCUCCAUCCUGCUCGGCGCGAGCUUCAGCAGAUACCGCAUAGAGGAAAACGUGGAGUACCUGUUGGCGCCCAAACACAGCCUUGCGAAGAUCGAGGGGAACUUGGUGGAUAGUUUGUUCCCCGUUAACCGGUCCAAGCACACUCUCUACUCGGACUUGCAGACACCCGGGAGAUAUGGCCGGGUCAUCGUGACCUCGCGCAGGGGGAGCGUGUUGGACCCUCACCACGUCAAUUCAGUCCUGAAGCUACAUAACACAAUCACUCAGAUCCAGGUCCCUAUGCUGGGCUUCAACUACACCUUUGCUCACCUCUGCCUACUGGAUGACAGCAAGAGCUGCAUCGUGGACGACAUCCUGCGUGUUCUGGAGGAGAUGAGGUUGGCACGGGCAUCCAACCAGUCCAUACCUACUCUGCAUUACCCCAUCACCAGACUCAAGGAUGGGCGAGAGGCCUACAUUGGCCACCAGCUGGGUGGUGUCCAGGCAGGUGGAGGGCUAAAUGGUGUGCGUUCUGCUCGAGCCCUUCAGCUCACAUACUACCUGCAAGUGGCCAGUCCACUGAAUGAAGUGGUAGCAGCCCGCUGGGAGCUGCUGUUCUGCAGAGAGCUGGAUAACUUUGGAAAAGUUCAUCCAGAGUUUGGCUUGUACCCCUUCACAUCCUCUUCUCUGCAAAGGGACUUCCAAAGGACCAGCCGGGUGUCAGAGCGGCCGCUGCUCUUCAGCCUGACUGUAUGUCUCUCGCUGGCCAUGCUGUGCUGCUCGAUGCGGGACUGUGUGCGUACUAAGCCCUGGCUGGGUCUGCUGGCUCUGGUGACUGUCAGCCUGGCUACACUCACCUCUGCAGGCAUCUUCAACCUUACCGGAGCGAAAUACAAUUCAACAUACCUGGGCAUCCCUUUUGUCAUGUUGGGUCAUGGCUUGUUUGGCACAUUUGAAAUGCUGUCAUCUUGGCGCCGGACUCGCGAGGACCAGCAUGUGAAGGAGCGGGUUGCAGCUGUGUUCUCAGACUGUAUGCUGCCCUUCACGGCCAGCACGGCCUUGCAUGUGGUCACCUUCGGCAUUGGGGCUAGUCCGUUCACCAACAUCGAGGCUGUACGUCUCUUUUGUCGAAAUGCCUGUAUCUCAGUCCUCUUCAACUACCUCUACAUCCUCACCUUCUAUGGCUCCAACCUAGUGUUUGCCGGAUACCUGGAAAACAACUACCGUCACAGUCUGUUUUGCAGGCGUGUACCAAAACCAGAGUUACUGCAACAGAAGCCGGCAUGGUAUCGGCUCCUCAUGUACACACAUUACAAUGAAGAGGCCACAGAUGCUGGACCUCUGCAUGCUUAUGAAAGUCACCUGCUGGUAGCAUUCAUGAAGCGGUACUACUGUGACUGGAUCACCAACACCUAUGUUAAACCCUUUGUGGUUCUUUUUUACUUGGUCUAUGUUUCCUUCGCUCUCAUGGGCUACCUUCAGGUCAGUGAGGGUUCAGAUCUUAGUAAUGUGGUUGCCACAGAAACAAGUACUAUAGCAUAUACCCGUGCCCAGCAGCGCUAUUUCAGCAGUUACAGCCCUGUGAUUGGCUUCUACAUCUACGAGUCUAUUGAGUACUGGAACACCAGCGUGCAAGAGGACCUACUGGAGUACACCAAAGGAUUUGAACGUAUCUCCUGGUUUGAAAGUUACCUCAAUUACCUUCAUGGGCUGAACAUCACUACUAGCCUGUCACGCAGCAAUUUCACCGAACGACUGCGAUCUGGCUUUUUGCUGCAACCUCACUACGUGCACUUCUCUGAUGAUAUCAUAUUUGCGAAACGUGUAGAUGGGGAAUUUGAUGUGGUGGCUUCGCGAAUGUUUCUAGUGGCUAAGACAACAGAAAACAAACGAGAGGAGAUGUCAGUCCUACUGGACACAUUGAGGAAGUUGUCGCUGACCUCAAGGGUGAAGUUUAUCAUCUUUAAUCCAUCCUUUGUGUAUAUGGACCGCUAUGCCUCAUCUGUUGGAGCACCACUGAAGAACUCUUGCAUUGCUGCAUUGUUUCUGCUGUUUUUUUCCACCUUCUUGGCAGCUGACCCACUGGUAAAUGCCUGGCUAACUGUGACAGUAGCCUCUGUUGAGUUUGGGCUGGUAGGGUUCAUGACACUGUGGCAGGUAGAGUUGGAUUGUGUCUCAGUACUAUGUCUGAUUUAUGGGGUGAAUUAUGCCGUAGAUUCCAGUGCUCCUCUGGUAUCUGCAUUUGCUCUUGGACGAGAAUCCACCCGUACACGCUGGGUGAAACUGGCUCUGGAGCGACAUGGAGUUCCUGCACUUCAGAGUUACUUAUGUUAUGGGGCUGCACUGCUUCCCUUAGCGGCUGUGCCCUCUAACCUCACCCGCACACUCUUCAGGUGCCUCUUUCUCACUGCCAUCAUUACCGCCUUCCACUGUUUGGCCAUCCUCCCCGUCCUGCUCACCUUCCUGCCUCCCUCCAAGAAAAAAAGGAUGGAGAGAAAGAAUGCUGCAGAAAACAGUGAAGAGAUUGAGUGUGUAGAGAUGGUGGACAGCACACGUGUGGUUGAUCAGAUUACCACUGUCUGACCACAUGACCAAAAGAAAGAGGCUGCCUGGAGAAUAUAUUAGAGGGAAAAAAACACCCCCAGGGGGUGGCAGAGGGAGGCCUGAGAUAUAAGAGAUAGCCUGAGUGCAGCUGGGCUUCUAGUUUCCAUAUUUAAAAGCCUCUAGGCUUUGAGGUAUUUUGUAGACAUACUUUAGCAUAAAUAAGUUUGAGCCUACUUUUUAAGUAAGGCUUUGUUGUGAUGGUAAAAGCAGUAGAAGAGUUUGAGGUUGAGCCAUUAAAGCAAGGCCUUGUUUUAAUGGUAAAAGCCCUGUGCAAGCUUUGUUGAAGCUUAGCGCCCAUCGCUCACAAUGAGGCCAGAGAGAGAAAGGUCAGAUGAACCACGUUGCUGCACAGUUGCAGAUUAUCACAGAGCAGGCUCCUCUUGUCUGCAGUUUUACAGCAGUGGAGGAGAGCUCUUGCUUUAACAAGGUAUUGAUAAGACUAAGACUUUCAUAGGGAACAAAGCUAAAGACCAAGCAGCCAUAUUCAUUUCUGCUGAUAGCCAUGACUUUACUGCACCUGAUAUCAUCUCUCCUCGGAGACUAGAUGUGUUGUUGAAACCAUAUAUUUGUCUCUAAGGAUUUAGUGGUAUUAAAAGUGCACAAUUCUUGAAAAGGUUCAUGAUAUCUCCAUCCAUUCAUUUUUCUCCACUCAAAAUCUCCUCCCCAACCCUGACCAAAUACUGUAUGUCUCAGAGGCAUUGAAGGCUGAUCUUCUACAAAGGGAUGUACAGUAUAAAGUUCCCAGUAUACUUCAUACCAAAUUGAAGAACAAAAUCUGGCUAAAUAGAAGGUGUUUUUGAGUUCGUUUCAGUGGUUCGUAACCGCUUAUCUGUGACUUUUGUUUAAUAAGUCUACAAAGUGAAUAAAAGUUACUUAAAUACUCUUUUUAAAAAUUCACUCUGUUGUUUGAUAUGCUGCUUCACUCAUGUGCCAUCUGCAGCCGAAAGCCAUUCACACAUCUGCCCAAAGUGAGAUUUGUGUUUUAUCAUCAUUCUUUUGUCUGUAUUCUGCCAAUUAUCACUGUUUUAUGCACACAUCUUUGCAGUGGUAUGAGUGUCAUUAAAAAUAACAAUAACAGAGUGUAAUCGGCACAUGUUAUGGCCAUGUACAGCAUGUUAGCAUAUUAGCACCAUGAAUGCAGAAUGUAAACAUGAUAAAUUACACAUUAUCUACUGCAUAUGUAUUACUUUAAAUCAUCACUGAGUGGUUAAAACAGCUUCUUUUUCUAAAUCAUGUGAAUUCUACUCAGAAUGAGGCAUGAAGUUAUUGAUAACACAUUUUAAUUUUAGUUAGGGUUUUACAUGUGCUGUAGUCUUGUAUAUCCUCAUAGUUAAAUGCUCCUCUAAAACGCCUCUCCCAGCGGUGUGGCCAGUGUCUGAAUGGUCGCACUUUUUUUGUUUGUUUUUUUGGCUCUGAGCGAAGAACGAACUUCGCAGUGAGUAUACCGGGACCUUAAGAGAGAAAAAAACAUGUAAGGAAAUGAUAUGGGUGGUUAUGGGGCUGGGUUGUGUUGUGUUAUAAAGAAGCAAGACUCUGCUGACAGGUUGGUAUGCAGUUCAAUGCUUCAACAGUAACCCUGGUCACAGUUUAGUUGCAUUGUGUAUGUAUAAUUUCCUUCUCCCUCAAGUUAAAUAAGAGCAUUGUUACCAAUUAAGUUGCACUGCAGUGUGGAGCAUAAUCUAUGAAGGAUUUGAUCCUGCUGCUCCCUGCUUAUUUUGUUUGCCUCUAAAAACGCUGAAAAUCACCUCAUAAUGCUCCUAAUCAAAAUGCAUAAGCCAGAGUCCCUUCAUUUUAUCCUCCUUUACCCUCUGUGUGUGAGAGGCUUAAAAAAAAGACCAAUAGAGAGACCAAAAGCACAGGGGAAAAAGAGAGAAAGAGAAUGAGAGCACAGGAAAGGAGCAUCUGGCCAAUCAAAUCCUUACUUUUCAGAUUCUUCACAGUCCCAAGGCAACUGAUGUCAAAUCAGUCAUAAGGUAAAAUGGCAUCCCUUUUAGCUCAGACUCUCACUGUAUCUCUGCAGGUAGUUCUUCAGUGCAGAUUUGAGGACUUUAGGUUACUUUUGAGUUUCUUAAAUCCCUAUCUGUCAAGCACACGUUUGAAGUUUGAACGUCAAGACUGAGACAAUAAACAUCUGUGAUGUCUGUGGUGUGACUUAUAGGAGCAAAAUAGAAAGGGUACAUUGCAACGUAUCUGAUGUCACUGAAUCCAUGGCUCCCGAUAAUAUCUGUAAGGAAAGGAAAGGGAAAAAGACAGAUGAACAUACAAAUGAUUGGACAGUUUUGUACAAAAGUGCAUUCACACACACACCCAAUGUGGCAAUUGUACAAGAAGUCACUUUUUGAUCAGUAACCACCUACUUGACCAUUGGUCCUCAGCUCCUCCAUUCUCCAGAUCACUGGACAGCCAACACACACAUCUGGAGAAGCACUUUUUUAAUGGCUAUACACACCUAUAAGGCUAAUUAAACCUGACCCUAUAUAGAGUGCUGAAGUCUCCUAGUGCAGCAGUCAGUACUCAAUACUCUUCUGACUAAUCUAAGUAUAGUGCUCUGAAUGAUGCUUCCAACGAUGUCAUUAGAGCGUUUUGAGACGUGAUCUUAGACCAGCAACCAGACUGCAGCUUCCUCUGAUCUCAGUGCAGUGCUUUAAACAGAGCUCUGACUGAUAUCAAUAUAGCAGUCUGAAUGUAAUCCAAAUUCUGCAGUAUCUAUCUAGUUGGACAGCUUCCUUUAUUUUGUAGGAAUAAGCACUGUUGUUUUACUGUGGGUAUAUUGACCCAGCUACAGUAUGUCUGUGUAACUAACUGUCCUUGAAAGUGUGUACCCUUUAAGAGAAAUGUCAUGGACCUAGACAGAUCUUCAUUUAAUAAAUGAAACUUAAUAGUUCAUGUCUUCAUUCCAAUCUCUGUCCCCCCUUUCUAUUUUAUGAAUAGUGCUGAACAUGAACAUUAAAUGCAAAGUCAUUCACAUACCUCUGCUUUCAUACAGAGACACUCAGGCUUGCAUCCUUUCAGUUUGUUUGUACAACACGUCCACUGUAUAAUUCUGUCCAAAAAUUAUUGAUGUGAAGCAGUAUUGGCACUGGGCCCUAUGAGGAUGUCAAAAGCCAGUGGGAAGACUAAAAAAUGAAUAUAUAACACCCACACUGGCUUGCGUGCACACACACACACACACAAAUUUAGCCUAAAGUACAUCCAUUCACUGAUUAUCCCUCUGGAGAAGAUGAUUGUUGUUGUUGUUUUUUAUCUGUUUCUAUGAACUUCAGAAGAAUAAAAUGAAA